AUGUUAACUGCUAAUUCAUAUUUAACUGCAGUUGUAUUUGGAUCGAGUAUCCUUAGUAUAUUUAUAUACGCCCUUGAAAAUGAUCUUAAACAAAUUCAAUAUCAGGAUGCACUUUGUGUUGUUCGAACUUAUAUUGGUUAUGCUUCUUGUGCUCUACUCAAUUUUUCAUUUUUAUUACAAGCUCUGUACCGGUAUAUUAUUGUUGUCUACCCAAGUCGUCUGUUCUGGCAAUCAGCUCGAUGUCAAAUGUUAGCGAUUUGUUUAACAUGGAUAUUUAGUUUUGUAUGUCCUUUUGAAUUUCUCUUCAAUGGAGAAAUUAUUUACAAUUCUGACAAUCAAAUGUGUGUAUUACCUCUUCAACUUUCAUUCUCCGUUAUUUAUUACUUAAGUUGUGCCUAUGUAAUUCCCAUAGUAUUACUCAUGUUUAUUUACUUUAAAUUAGUUAAAUAUGUGAAAGGAAUGAGUAACCGUGUAACAUCAGUUAAUACUUUAUCACGUGCAAGAAGGGAAUUAAAGAUGGUUCGACGUUUAGUUAUAUUGGUAACAAUUGUCAUCGCAAUUUGUUUUCCAUAUACAAUAUUUACGUUGAUGUCAUUCUUCAAUCAUGCACCAAAAUAUCUCUUUCGAAUUGCUUUUAUGUUCGUCGGUACCUCGUUGUUAUCAGUAAUUAUUGUUUUAUUUCAAUUCACAGAUCCAUUAAAAGCGUCAGUAAUAACACGAAUAAAACCAAAACCAAAUAUAGUAGCAACAAUAAUUGUAUAA